GUGUUGUUAUAGCUCUCCUACACUCUCUUCACCCAAUCCCGCCUUCCUGUUGGGGAUCGGACCUCCCUAUUGUCUAUCUCAUACCUGUAAACUGCCUGCUUUGUGACAUCCCUCUCCUACCAAACCUACUACCACUUGUUAGAGUCUUGGGGUUUCCGUGGAGUUGUUUGUAAAUAAAUUUGGAUCGUCACAAGUGACCAGUGACCAGUAACCAGUGACCUUUGUACUGGACACAUGCGCCGUUCAGCUGCAGCCACUCAGACAUCCUCUAGUGUUGUCUCCUCAUCCCUUGUAUCUGCAGUUGAUGUUUCCUCUUCUUCUCUGACCAUGUCAGAGAAUAAAAAGUCAGGGAACAAAGUCAAGGCAGAAGAGAAGCCAACAAUUCCCAAGACGAAGCGAAAGAAACACCAAACUGAGCUUAUCCAAGAGAGCUUUAAAAAGCCUCGAACGUCCCUAGCCACGCGCAUGCUGGAGUCUGUGAAGGUUUUUCACGCACUGGGGAAGAAGAAUGAUAAGAACACUGGGCUCUCUUCCUGUCGGGUCUUGGGAAAUUCAAUCAACCCUAAAGACCGCCAGCCACCCCCAGCGAUCCAGCCAUGGCGGCAUACCCCACGUGAGGGUCAGGGUCCUGAGAAAACUCAAGGCCAAGCCCAGAAACCAGACAGCAGUGCUGAAAAAGAGUGUCCAUCUCCAUCCCAGUAUGAGCUGCCUCCUCCUGGGAAGGUCAACUGGAUGCCUCUGCCUUUUUCUGCCUGGGACAAGCCUCAAGCUCGACCUGCUCCUCGGAGGCCACAGUCUCUGGCCUCACAUCAGCCUGCUGUGGCUGACCGUGCCCAGCCUGCUUCUACUAACCCAGCUCAACCUGCUGCAGUGAGUUCACCCCAGCCACCUCCUGCCUCUUUGCCAGGUCCCGCCAAACCAGCUCAGCCAACUGCGACCAACCCAACCCAACCGGGUUGGACCAACCAUACCCAGCCUAGUGUCCGUCCGUCUGCUGCUCUGAGGCCUGCACCGUACAAAACUUCACCUUGCACUUCUCUCCAGCAGGAGCCUCUUCCCCCUGCUCUGACUAAGCACCAGUCCUCACCGGAGCUCCAAACCCCAUUUCUAUUCCAAGACUUCAGGAAGCACCAAAUUCAGUGGAGGCAACCCAAUGUUCCUAAGCCAGUAAUGUCAACGCCCAUCGAACAAGAGCAGAGGCCAGAGCGGGAGGCCAUGAAGAGGCGGCUCAACAAGAACGUGAGAAUGCUGCCAAAUACACCUCUCUGGGGAAACUGA